AUGUUAUGCAUAUGCGCGACUCAACGAGUCACUCCCAGAGACGACGCGUUCUUGCCGAUUCACAUCAAAGAUUUGUUCAAAAAUAACGAAUUGUUAAGGAAGGAACGACCCUUCACUAUGGCGGGAUUAAUGACUAAAUUGUUGCUAAUGGCGGUUCAAAAGCCCUCAAAAAAGGGAAAGCUCAAAGUAAUAAAAUGGCUUCAAAAGAAAAAGCUACUCACAAGCAGAGUACUUUGUUCAAGAUGUGGCCAAAAGAUGAAACUGACCAGGAACAGUAAAAUUUCUGAUGGAUAUAACUGGGUGUGCAGAUCUAAAAAUCAUCGUGGAGUUAAAAGCAGCCGAUCUGUAAGGACAGGAUCUUUAUUUGAAAAAUCAAAAAUAAGCUUGCCAUCAUGGUUAACAUUUAUUUACAGGUUCUCUCAAGGAUUGCACCUGAGACAGAUAGACAUGAUGCAGGACAGGAUUGCUAGAAGUUCUAAAACUCUCUCCAGAAUGGCUAAGGUCCUGAGAAAGAUCUGUACCAAGGCUAUGAAAGAGUACCAAAAAAGAAGAAGGCAGCAGAUGGGAGGUCAACAAGAAUUUGUUGUUAUUGAUGAAAGCAAUUUCCGUCAUAAACGAAAGUAUGGACGGGGUAGGGCAUCUACCACAUGGAGGCGAAGGAAGUGGGUUUUUGGAAUGCUGGGUGUGAAACAUAAUCUGCGAAGGCCAAUAUUGCGUCUUGUCACUCGAAGAUCAAGAAAUCAUCUAAUUCCAAUUAUUGUCAAACAUGUGCGUCCAGGUACAAUCCUGAUCUCAGAUGAGUGGAGAGCUUACAGAGGUGUGCUGGCAAAUAUGGGCUACAGACAUUUUACAGUCAAUCACAGUCACUGGUUUGUAGACCCAAACACUGGAGCCCAUUCACAGCAUCUAGAACGAGCAUGGCUGUCUUAUAAAACAAGGGUGUGGAGACUAAGAGGAAACAGGACAGAGAAAAUGUUAAAAGAACAUCUCGCUCUCAUUGAAUGGACCAACUGGCUUGGUGAAAGGCACAGAAGAGGUGUCCUUGGACGGUUAUUCAGAGACAUUUACCAUCAAUUUCCAGUCUAACAAAUCCUAUCUUCUUGUUACAUGUGUGUUUAAUGCUCAAUGGCUGACUUCUUCUAAAACAUUUGUAUACAUUACAAAAUAUAUUCUAAUAAAGAUUAUUUAGUUAUUUUUA